AUGCCGUCCGUAAAAAGAGCAAUUCGGAUCGCCGGGUCCUCCGGCGGCUUCUCCGACCGGCAGCGCGCCAUCGGCGACCUCGCCAAGAACUGCGACAUCGACUGCAUCAUCGGUGACUGGUUGUCAGAGUGUACCAUGACACUCCACGGAGCUCAGAAGACCGAGAACCAACGACUGAAGCAGGCCGGGCAGCUGGCAGCGGAUACCGUUGGCCUCUUCGACCCCACGUUCAUGGAGAACCUCUCGCCGGCGCUGUCGUACAUGCAGAAGAAGAACAUCAAGAUGGCCGUCAACGCCGGCGCCAGUGACACUGAGUUGCUCGCCGGGCUGGUUGAAGAAGAGAUCAAGAAGCAGGGACUGGACUUGAAAGUCGGCUGGGUCAGCGGCGAUGAAGUCACCGAGACGGUGAAGAGACUCCAUGCUGAGGGUGAGGUUUUCACGAGCUUGAUGAACGGGCAGCCGUUGAAGGAUUGGGGGUUUGAUGACAUUCUUGCUGCACAGUGUUACCUCGGCGGCGCUGGCAUCGCAGAGGCUCUCCGUCAGGGGUGUGACAUUGUCAUCGCUGGCCGUGUUGCCGAUGCAGCCCCGACCAUUGGCGCGUCAAUGUGGUGGCACGGCUGGGACCGCGAAACCGACCUCGACCAAAUUGCUGGCUCACUGGUCUGUGGCCAUUUGAUCGAGUGCUCUGCUUACGUCUGUGGCGGGUACUACUCCGGCUUCAAGGCGUUGAUGGACAAGUGUGAGAACAUUGGGUUCCCCAUCGCCGAAGUAGAGGCCGACGGCACCUGCGUCAUUACUAAGGAGCCUGGAACUGGAGGUGAAGUGUCCGUUGGAACAGUCAGCUCGCAGCUGCUGUAUGAAAUUCAAGGACCCCUUUACUACGGCUCCGAUGUCACUGCCAACCUCGAAGGAGUGGUGAUGGCCCAGGUUGGCCCGGAUCGGGUGCAAGUCACCGGCGUCAAGGGUCUCCCGGCUCCGUCAACGACGAAAGUUGGAUUGACUGCUUUUGGCGGAUAUCAGGCAGAGUUUCACUACUACAUCGUCGGCCUCGAUCUCGAAGCCAAGGCCGAGUGGACGGAGCGGCAGAUUCGCCACUCCAUUGGCGAUGCCAUCAAGGAUCUGUCCUGCCUCAAAUUUACCUUGAACGGCUACUGCCCCGAGAACCCACGAAACCAAGAAGUGGCAACAGUCGACUUCCGGAUAUUCGUUCAGACAAAGCGCAAGGCACUGGUCGACAAGUUCACCCUUGACGUCCCUGGGUUCAACCGCUGGUGCAUGGAGAAUUUCCUGCAAAGUUGCCCCGGAGCGACGUUGGGCAAUGAUCAGAGGCAAUCGGAAGGAAAGCCCUUCUUCGAAUACUACGUCACCCUAUUGCCGCAGUCUGAGGUGAAGCAUCGUGUCGAGAUGCCAUGGGCUGGCAAGUCGAUCGAGAUCCCGGUGCAGAAGAACGUCCGGGCAGACUACCCGCGCGACCAGAACAGCUACGAGACGAGCAACCCUGUAGACCUCGAUAACUUUGGUCCCACGACGAGGGGCCCGCUUGGAUGGAUUGUCGGUGGCCGAUCGGGCGAUAAGGCGAGCGACGCCAAUGUUGGGUUCUACGUCCGACAUGCUGAUGAGUGGGACUGGCUGCGGAGUGUGUUAACAACCGAAAAGAUCAAACAGUUGCUGGACGGCAGUGAUAAAGGGAAGAAGGUUGAGAGGUUUGAAAUUCCGGGCAUCAGGGCUGUUCACUUCUUGUUGAGAGAUCACUUGGACCGUGGUUUCAACUCGACGAGUGAAUAUGACACGCUCGGGAAGAAUGUGUGUGAGUAUUUGCGGGCAAAACACGUGGACAUCCCGAACAAAUUCCUUCGUCGUGGCAUCUUCUAA